AUGACUAGGAAGAGAAAUUGCAAGGGCGGUACUCCGUUCAUGAAGCCGGAGGACCUGCACAUGUGGCUCAUAUCUCUUGUACUCCUUAUGGUACUGACUUCCAGUUUCUCUUUCGCCUCAAAUGAGUUUCUCCCAGCAAACGAUCCUCCUUGGAUUGAAUUUGGCAUCAUCUUUGCAGUGAUGACAGUUUCGGACUUUGUAUGGGGGGUUAUGCCUCCACUGCUCCUGGUGGUGAAGUCAUUUUCGUCGUUUUUUGGUGCUGUAGUUGGGCACCUGGGUUACCGCAUGGUCCAGGUGUUUUACCAACAGCUGUGGGACUCAAGACGCUCGUCACUGCCUAUUUCUGCAUGUUUCGGGACAAGUGCUGAUUCUAGGGAAAACGCAGUAAAGCGCCGGCUCACCUUGUGGAAAGAUGACAUGUUGCUUUAUGUCACUAAAAUAGAAGAUACGGGGGUUUGGAACGAGGAAAAGGAGAUUUGUUUGUUUGUGGUGCCGAGCUGUCACUACGGUUACGUGGACUGCGAAUGGUAUCUGGACAUCAGGCUACGGGAGGCGAUUGGAGGUAAAUUUUACAGUCCGGAUGAGUAUGAAAUGAAAGCGGCAAGACACCGAUCGAUCCUCGCAACGGCAGUGUCUGUUGAGCGUAGUCCGAGUGACCGCUGUAGCACAAACGAGACUUUCAGACUUCUGCCUUUUUUCAAGAAGGGGCUACCGUUGCGCGUACAGCCGGGUAGCGUGCAGCCCGACGAAAGAACUACUGCUGCAGCAAACGUUCCUAGAAAAGCAACAGAGCCUUCGCCGGAGAUGCCUCCGGGUGCUUCUUCCCGCCGCUCGCCUCAUAUGCCAGCUGAGAGUCAAAUGCCUUGUAGAGCUGACAAAGGUAAAUGCUUCCGGAGGUGGAGGCGUCUUGCUUGGAAAUUCAGUUCAAUCCGACGUAUAAGGUCUUCGAAGAACCAAAAUGGAGUGUUUUCCACGGGGGUUUCAGCAGGUAGCGUAGAUGCAAAUGCAUUGCCUUGCUCGCAGGUGGAAAGAUACACCGGCCAAGACCCUGUUCAGUUGGAAUUCCUUGGAGUGCGCUUGCAGAGGCCUUCUUGGAGAGGAACUCUGUUGGCCGUGUGGCCACCUGUGCUCCAAUUUGCACUUCUGUCGGCGCUUAUUUUGCCCAUGAAGCAAAUGGAUAGGCGGGGGGGAAGGAAUGCUUGGAAAUUUCAGCUUUUAGCCCUGGGACAGGCAGUGACCUACGUCAGCUUCAUGUUCUAUGAGUUGCUGGAGAGCUGCCACAUUAUGGCCAAGGGACACGUUUUAACAGAAGUGACCAAAGUUCCCCAAGGAGUGGAGCUCAACUUUGUUCUUGGCAGCCAUCUUGUCCUCCCACUGUUUAGCAUAGCCCUCACUGUCCAUCUGCGGCGCAUUCCGGAGGUUGCGAUUCUAAUUACGUGUAUGGGGUCUGCCGUAUUGACGGUAGUGACUUUGGCAUUUGUAGGCUGGGAUUACAAAGUCAUGGCGUUCUUCAUGCUUGGCCGCAUUCUCUAUUCCCUUUUCGCUAUAAUGGUGGCCAGGUAA